AUGCGAAUAAAUGAAGAAGAAAGAAAUGCAGAGAAGAAGAAAGAAAGUCUAGUGGAAGGGCUGCCAAUGGAGAGUAGUCCGUAUUUGAAAUAUAGUGAUUUGGAGGACUACAAGCACAAUGGCUAUGGGACCUCCGGCCACCUCCCUGUCAAGCUUGACCAGAUCGGUGGAGCCACCGAUGCUCCCACCCCUGCUGGCGGUGCAUUGUCUGAGGGUGAAGCUGCUUGUGUUAUUACUGCUGCCAGCCUCCAUGUCACCAAGAAAUGA